CAGAAAAGUCACGGUAAAAAACUCCUCCUUCACCUCUGUUGUCAAUGGUUUGAAUCUCUUCCCUUUAAACGAAUUAUUAAAGUUUUAUGAAUAGCUGGUGUACUAUUAAUAAAGGCGUUGUUGUCAGCAAGAAGGCAGAAAGUGGAGCACAAGUAGAGGAAUUAGUGGUUAUUUAUGAAGAAGCACUAAGACUACAACAAAAGGGACACAUGGAUGAAGCCAAAGCCAAGUAUAAAGAACUGAUCGAUCAUAAGUACUUGAAGAAGGAAGCAAAGAAUAUGAAAAAUACAAAGAGCAACAAUGAUACUGAAGAUCAGAAUUCACUCAUAUCAGCUUUAUUCUAUGUUGUUUCCAAGAAUUAUGCAUCCGUGUUGGAAGACGAGUAUAUCAAGAAUAGCGACAUUGAUUCUGCAAAAGAUGCCCUGAAAUACUACUUACAAGCAGUGGAAAUUGAUCCUACAGAUCAUUCAGUGUGGUAUAGCAUUGGACAACUAUCAAGAAAAUUAAAGAAUCUACGCUUCGCCAGACUGGCCUAUGAAAAAGGAAUGCUUGCAAACAGUACAGGAAAGAAUGUUUUGGAUAUCAUUCGUGAUCAGUUGACUCCAAUUCAAUGGAAAUGCCUUGAAGGCAUCUGCACAGUAUUAUAUGAUAUCGGUGACUUUUACACUUGUCGUUAUUAUGUAGAAGGUGCAUUGAGAUACUAUCCAAAAUGGGAAAGAGGUGAACUAUUAUUGGAAAAUAUGAACAGUGAGCACAUGAUGGAAUCAAUGGAUAUGGAGCAUGACCAGGAAGAUGCGAUACCAAUACAUGUAAAAAUAGAAAGACCCGACCUAUCCGUACUGAUGGAAAAGUUGUUUGCUGUCUAUAAGAAGCAAUCAACUGCGAAUAACCUAGAAGAAGAGAUCGAAGAUGAGUCUCUAGAAUGCGAUAUAGACAUAAGCAAUACAUCAUUUAUAAAUGCUGCGAUCAAAAUAACAAUUGACAAGCGUGAUGACGAUUUCAGAACAAUACCCACAAGAGAAGAAGUGAUCGUGCCAUCUUUGGUCAGUAACCCAAUAUCCGCCCCAGUGAUUCAACCUGUAAACGCAGAAGAAGGUAUAUCCAACGGUAUAGCCAUAAAUCCACAAAAAAGAAACAGAGAAGACGAUGCAAUAGCGGUAGAAGACGAAGAUAGUGAACAAGAAGAUAAAAAACCAAGUCUCAGAACAUCAAGACGCAAGAAGGAAAAAUUAUUGAAUAAUGAAACUUCUCGGCUAAAAAUGCUCGAGGAAGAAAAAGAAUUCAACGCAAAAAUGCAAAGAUUUUAUGAAUCAUUAAAAGACAUACCCAGCUUGUACAGAGACAACCCAUGGUUUGAACCGCAGCAAUCCGUGAUAUCCGUACAGCCUAGCUUUUGGGAUUGGUUUGAUAUAAAAAUAGGUGAAUUAGAAAGCACAUAUUGCUGGGACAUGGAUGGAAAAAAGUAAGAAAGGAUUAAACAAGUUAGAAUGAUAACCAACAUAUUUCUUCAAAAAAGGGGCGAUCUUGACUCUCUUGAAA